AUGUCUGAUUCGGAAGAAGAAACGCACGAGAAACAAUUAAAAUUGGUUUUUCUGGGUGAUCAAGGCGUGGGAAAGACCAGCAUCAUAAAGCGUUUUUGCUACGAAGAUUAUACCAGACAAUAUACUCAAACCAUAGGUGCCGAUUUUUACAUUAAACGCUUAAAUUUACCUGGAAAAAAUGACGUAACCCUCAAAAUUUCUGACGUAUCUGGAGGAGUAGUAUUGAACGGACCCAUGUUGAAAAACUAUUUAUACAAAGCCAAUAUGGUGAUUUUGGUGUACGAUAUAACCAGCAAUAAUAGCUUCGAAAACAUUAAAAUUUGGAUACGAUCUGUAGCUGAAGCUGUCGAAAAUACCGUUACGUGCGCCGUAUUUGGAAAUAAAAGUGACUUAGAACAUAGAAGAGCUAUUUCUCUUCUAACCUCGAAGAAAUUUAUCCUGGACAAUCAACUGUAUGGGUUUUUGGUGUCGGCCAAAACUGGGGAAUCCGUGAAUUCGUCUGUAACGGAACUGAUAGCGAAACAUUUUGGCAUAAGUUUGUCCAGGGUAGAUAAGGAAAAGCAAAAUCACAUUUUGAAAGCUGAAUUAAUUGUUCCUAUUAUUGAAAAGUACACCGAAAAUACAAGGUUUUGCAUAAUCUGUAACUACUUGGGACAAAUAAUUCCGGCCCUGCAUUCUCGUUGCACCAGGUUUAGAUUUGGGCCCCUUAGUCCGGCCCUGAUAAGGCCCAGGUUGCAGCACGUCAUAGAUCAAGAGGGCGUUAAAAUAAGCGAAGAUGGCAAAGAAGCAUUGGAAACUUUGGCCAAUGGGGACAUGAGAAAAGUUUUGAACGUUUUGCAAAGCACUUGGUUGGCUUAUAAAGAUGUCACAGAAGAUACGGUCUACACUUGUGUGGGACAUCCUUUGAAAAGCGACAUCGAAAAUAUCGUUAAAUGGUUACUGAAUGAUAGCUUCAAAAAAUCAUAUAAAAAUAUUAAAGAGCUCAAGACCAUCAAAGGUCUUGCCUUGAGCGAUAUUUUGACGGAAGUGCACAAGUAUGUCCAUAGAAUUGAAUUUCCAUUUCAAGUUCUCACAAAACUACUCGUCGAUUUGGCAGCUAUAGAAAGCAACCUAGCUGCUGGUAGCAACGAAAACAUUCAACUGACAGCUUUUAUUGCGGCUUUUCAACCGGCCAGAGAAAUUUCACCGCCUGAAUAAACAGUAAGAUCAGAAGCACUCCGCGGUAAAAGAGAGGGCCACCAUGGUGUUACAGGCCCUGUACAUACAUUCGUAAAGACCGAUAAACAUGCCAAUUUCAAAUGGGGAGUGCGACACCAUGUGGGGCAUCAUUAUGCCGGCAGAAAAUAAUAAAAUAAUUAAUAUUGUUGUUUUUUACUUUUAA